AGUAGUAACAACAACAACUCUGCGCUACUCACAGCGGCACUGGGGGCAGAAGUCGCAGCGGCACCAGAAGUAGCGGGGGCAGAAGUCGCAGGGUCGGGGGAUAUUAGGGAGGAGGAUGGAGGGGUCGCUGGUCGGUCGGUGUCAGUGACUGAGGCCUCCCCCUCCUCCCAGGCCGGUCCCUCCCUCUCUCCUCCCUGCGCUGCCGAUUGUGUCGCUGCUGUUGUGCGCGGGGAAGAGGAACAUGGCGACCGUGUAUUGUAUCUGCCGCCUCCCGUACGACGUGUCCCGAUUUAUGAUCGAGUGCGACGCGUGUAAGGACUGGUUCCACGGCAGCUGUGUGGGAGUUGAGGAAGAUGAAGCCCCCGACAUCGACAUUUAUCAUUGUCCGAACUGUGAGAAAACCCAUGGGAAAUCCACCUUGAAAAAGAAAAAAAAUUGUCCCAAACAGGACACCGGACAGACCACGGAGGUGAAACCAGUGCAGAAUGGAAGCCAAGUCUUUAUUAAGGAGCUGCGCAAUCGGACCUUCCCCAGCGCUGAGGAUAUUGUCAAGAAGCUGAAUGGGAACCAAUUAACAGUGGAAUUCUUGGAAGAAACGGGUUUCACAGAACCAAUCCUGGUGCCAAAGAAGGACGCGCUGGGCAUGACUGUACCUGUUGCAACGUUUUAUGUCAGUGAUGUGGAGAAUUACGUUGGCCCAGAGAGAUCAGUCGAUGUCACAGACGUUACCAAACAGAAAGACUGUCAGAUGAAGCUGAAGGAGUUUGUCGAUUACUAUUACAGCACAAACAGGAAAAGAGUCUUAAAUGUCAUCAAUUUAGAGUUCUCUGACACCAGAAUGUCCAGCUUUGUGGAAGCGCCGGAGAUUGUGAAGAAGCUUUCGUGGGUGGAGAACCAUUGGCCGGACGAUGCCCUCCUGGCUAAGCCAAAAGUGACUAAAUACUGUUUGAUUUGCGUCAAGGACAGUUACACCGACUUUCACAUAGACUCUGGGGGGGCCUCGGCCUGGUACCAUGUGCUCAAAGGGGAGAAGAUCUUUUAUCUCAUUAGACCUGCGUCGGCCAAUAUCUCACUGUACGAGCGCUGGCAAUCGGCUUCCAACCACUGUGAAAUGUUCUUUGCAGAUCAGGUGGAUAAAUGCUACAAAUGUGCAGUGAAACAGGGUCAGACACUCUUUAUUCCGACAGGUUGGAUUUAUGCAACGCUCACCCCUGUAGACUGUUUGGCAUUUUCGGGGCAUUUCUUGCACAGCCUGAGUGUUGAGAUGCAGAUGAGGGCGUAUGAAGUGGAAAAACGUCUGAAAAUUGUCAGCUUGACCCAGUUCCCGAAUGUUGAGACGGCCUGUUGGUAUGUUGGAAGGCAUUUCCUAGAGAAGUUCAAAGCUCUGCACAAAGCCGGGAAGCAGCCAGCGCCACAUCUUGUCCAAGGGGCCAAAAUUCUCAACGGAGCCUUUAGAUCCUGGACUAAAAAAAACGCUCUUCUAGAACAUGAAGAUGAACUGCCAGAACACUUUAAGCCAUCACAGCUCAUCAAGGAUCUCGCCAAAGAAAUCCGACUAACGGAGAACGCUUCCAAGGUCACCAAAACGGAAGUGAGUGCCAACGUUAUUGCAGAAAAGAACAAUAUAGUGGAAAAAAUUGAAAAGGAGGAACCUGCCUCUCCAGUUCCGGAAUCCCCUCCUCCCUUGGAAAAAAUGGAAAAAGCUCCCAAAAAAAAGACUGCUAAAAACGAGAAACCGCUCAAGCCGCCUAAGCCUCCGAAACCGCCCAAAGUGGCAAAACCCCCGAAGGUUGCCAAACCCAACAAAACCCCCAAAGCGCCAAAUCCUCAGAAGGAAAAGGACGGGGGGAAGAAGAAAGGGAAGAAGAUGAAGGAAAGUCCCAUCUCGCUCCCCACUACCCCAGACCUAGAGCCUCUAGAGACCCUCACCAAAGGGAUAGUGCCUAAAGAAGAGAUCAGCACCCCCACAAAGGAGGAAGCCCCCAAGCACAACCAUGUGGAGAAAUGCGAAAUCCGGGAGCAGAACAAGAUCAAGACUGAAGCCAAGUGGAAAUACAAGAACAGCAAGCCGGAUUCAUUACUGAAAAUGGAAGAAGAGCAUCGAUUGCAAAAAACACUGUUUUCAGCAAAUAAAGACAAUAAAUUCAAGUUCUCCUUCACCAAUAAGAAAUUGUUUGGGUCCAAAGGGAUCAAGACCCAGAAUAGUCCCAGUAUUUUUGGAUCUCUGCAGAACUUUAAAGAAGACAAAAGCAAACCAGUCAGAGACGAAUAUGAAUAUGUAUCGGAUGACGGAGAGUUGAAGAUCGACGAGUUUCCCAUCAGAAGAAAGAAAACGACCACAAAGAGAGACUUGUCCUUUUUGUCAGAUAACAAGGAGACUCCUCCUCCUCCUCCACCUCCAGCAAAGAAAGCCAAGGCCCUGGAAUCAAAACAUAAGAGUGAUGAUACAUCCGAUGAAGACUCCCUUCACAUAGACACAGAGGAAAAACCAGCGCGGAAUUCCCGAGUCAAAAAGGACAGCGGGAGCUCAGCUGGGAUAUUAGAUCUGCUGCAGGCAAGCAAGGAAGUUGGUGGUUUGGAUUAUAACGCAAACAGCCAACCCCCAGCAUCUCCGAGCACGCAGGAAGCGAUCCAGGGAAUGUUAUCUAUGGCCAAUCUGCCCUCAGAUUCCUGCCUACAGACCUCCUGGAGUGCAAACCAAGCCAAGAAUAAUUCCAUAUCCGCACAAAAUUCCAAGAAAUCGGGCAACAACAAACUUGCCAACAAACGAGGCAGCAAGAAAGCCAACAAGAACGUCAUUACAAUGGAAGACUACGAUGAAGAUCAGGAUAACUUGGAGGCGUGUUUUAAAGAUUCUGAUUUCGUUUACCCUUCUCUAGAAUCAGAUGAAGAUAAUCCAGUGUUCAAAUCUCGAGCAAAGAAGCGAAAGUGUUCUGAUGAUGCCUCUUAUAGUCCCACAGCCAGAGUUGCUCCUUCGAUACUCCGACAAGACCGACCUGUCCGGGAAGGUACAAGAGUGGCGUCUAUUGAAACAGGCCUGGCAGCCGCGGCGGCAAAACUGUCUCAGCAGGAGGAUCAAAAGCCCAAGAAGAAAAAGACUUCCAAAAAGAAGCUGUCGCCCAACAACACAAAUGCGCUUUCUCAGGAAGGCAACUCACCGGAGGUCUCACCGAGUGGCCCCACAGACCACGAGUACACGGCCGGUGCAGGCACGUUUGGUGUGGCCCAAGUAAACCGAGGCCCUCAGCCCAUGGCCCCCGGGGUCUUCCUCACACAAAAGAGACCGUCAGCUUCCUCCCCGAAUAACUCAGCUGCCAAAGGUAAACGUACAAAAAAAGGCAUGGCCACAGCAAAACAGAGGCUUGGGAAGAUUCUGAAAAUCCAUCGGAACGGGAAACUUCUCCUUUAGCUAAAAGUGAGACCUCUAUUCCCCUCCCCCCAUGGAUUAACAAGAUGGCGGGGAGUCUUAUUGCUGAGGUGUUGGACUGCGGCGGAACACGUCUCUGUGUACAGUCACAUAUCUGCCACCACUUUAAUAAUUCUUUAUAAAACUCCAGCAGCCGAACGUGUACAGAAAACUGCUCGAGAUAUUUUUAAUAUUAAUGUCCUUUAUCCGAUCUCAAUGAGCGACUGGUUUCCGGGAAAGGGAUUGUGUCCGGCUUUGGCAAAGGAUCCUUUUAACUUGGUCGACAUUAAGCGAAAUACGUUGAUUUUUUUUUUUAUUUAAAAUAUAUUCUGUUUGGAGCAUCAACUUGUAAAACGCAUCGUAUCUGACCAGGACGCUGUCACUCAUUGGAUAAUGAGCUUCGGCUACUGCUUUAUCCUCAACGUUCAUCUUCUAUGUUGACUUUCUUGCUUCAUGGUCCAGAGUCCAGACCUUAUAUAAAUCUAUAGAGCCCUCCCAGCCAUGAGCAAUUUUGUUGCCAAGAAAGUGAAAUUCCUAUUUUUCUGUUUUCCGGUUCCUCCAGAUCCACCGAUCAGAGGUUUUUGUUACAGGGGAGUUGAGGAAACAUCACAAAGGUGAGACCCAGGUUGGUGGAAAGACUAAAGCCAGACGUUUGUAUCUAUAGGUGACAGCCCUAGAACCCUGGACAUUCAUGUACCAAAUUCUCUAAUAGCUUGAAAUGACUGGAGAAAAAACACUGAGGAAUUUGUACAGCCAAAAAGAACACAAGACUAGAGAAGAUCUGACCCCACUCUACCAUGAACUGCCAACAUCAGCGGCUUUAUUAAUAUUCACCAGUUCUAACACCACGGCGGUUAUUUAUCAAAAUCCAAUUC